CACGUGUACAUAUAUUCGUGCGCACAAAUACUCUCUCUCUCUCUCUCUCACGUACCCACGCCACUGUAAAGUGUGCAGGAUUAUUCAUACCUUCGCAGCACUGGUCUCUGGAUACUCGGACGGAUUGCGUUAAAUACAGGUUUUUAAGAGAACUGAAUUGCAGAACAAAAAACAGAUUCAAGGAAAACGUAAUUUUAAGAACAUGGCUGAAAAUGAGGAAUAUCGAUUAAGAUCAAACACAGGAAUAACUACAGAUAUAUCAGAUAAAGACAUUUCGCGUCUUUUUAAAAAAUGUGGAACUUUUGGACGUUAUCAGCGUUGGUUAUACUCUUAUCUUUUCAUCACAAAGAUACUAACGGGAUCUUCAGGAAUGAGUUUAACAUUUAGUACUGCAAAUGUUCCCUUCUUAUGUUAUCCUCCAAACUUUAAUGCUUCGUUGAUUCCUGCAAACCUUACAGAGAAUGAAUAUUUACAAAUGCUUCAACCUGACGGCGACGAUCAAUGUUCUGUAUAUAACAAUAGUUUCACUGGGACAUAUUAUACAACACCAUCAAGUAAUUCAUCUAAACUACAGUGUUCUUAUGGACGGAAAUUUCUGACGGAGAAUUUUUCUACAAUUGUAAGCGAGUUCGAUUUGGUGUGUGAAAGAAAAUGGCUAAAAUCCACUUUGCAGUCGGUUUAUUUUGCUGGUUAUCUUGUUGGAUCAUUUGUAACUGGUAUCUUAGCUGACAGAAUUGGACGAAAACCUUGCUUCUUUCUAACAGCCACAUGUAUAACUGUUUGUGGAGUGAUUAAAAUCUUUGUAUCAUCACUCACCCUACUCACGGUCUUCUACUUUAUGCAGGCUUUCGGUGUCUUAGGGUUUUUGGUCACUCUUUAUUCCUUACUUAUGGAGUUGACGUCGGUAAAGCUACGCACACCUGCUAAUUUUAUGUUAAUGGCGAGCUUCACUGUCGGUACAAUGAUGCUAACAGGGCUUGCUUAUGUUAUGCCUCAUUGGAAAAAUUUGGAAUUAACAGUGUGUCUUUUACCUGUAAUCAAUUGUUUCUCUUGGAAGUGGAUCCCCGAAUCUCCAAGAUGGCUCAUUGGUAGAAAACGGUUCGCAGAGGCACAAGCAAUUUUUCGGAAUAUUAUGAAGAUAAAUAAAAAACGUCACGUGGAAAUAUUAGAUAUUCUAAAAACCAACGAAGAGUUCUCACAAGAAAAUAACUUUCAAGAAAAUAUGCUCGAGAAAACAAUAAAACCGAAGCGAAAGAAUUUUAGUUUUAUCGAUCUAUUUAAAACAUUCCGUCUAGCAAUAAUCACAUGUAAUAUUUGCUUUAGUUGGUUUGCCAUGAGUAUGUUAUACUACGGAGUGAUUCUGAAUUCUGUUGACAUGGCUGGCGACCGUUACAUAAAUUUUCUGUUAAUGGCAACUGUGGAGUUACCCUGCUACUUGACAUCUUAUUAUUUAUUCAACUGUAUUGACCAUCGGAAGCCUAUUAGUUUUUUUAUGAUGUUUAGUGGAAUAAAUUGCAUCGUCUCAAAUUUUAUAACGAAAGGUUCAUUCUGGUUUCCUCUGAUCCUGGUUAUUCUAGGAAAAUUUGGAGUCUCUGCAGCUUUUGCUUCAAUUUUUCUUUUAUCAGCAGAAAUAUUUCCGACAGUUGUUAGAGCAAACGGAAUAGGGAUGGCUUCAAUGUUUGCCCGUCUUGGUAGUAUGUGUGCACCCUUCAUUCUUCAGCUCUCAUCCUAUGCCAAAUGGCUUCCUCUGAGUAUUUACAGCGUUCUUUCGAUUAUAUCCGGAUUAUUGUUGCUGUUACUUCCAGAAACGAAGGAUAAAGACUUACCUCAAGAAAUUGACGAUUUGGAUAAAUGGUAGAAAAUGACAUCGUACUAUAAGAAAGAGGGAGAAAGAGAAAGAAUAAAAAUGAUUACAAAGGCAAACCAUAGUAUUUUAGUUUACUUUAGUAAUUUUUAGUCUGUUUUUUUUUGUAAUAGUUUUAACGUUAUUUUAUUUUUACCCUUGUCUUACGACGAACACUUCGAGCGAUGGUUCCUUCUGACAA